AUGGGCCGCGAAGGCCAUGAGCCGCUUCCAACGGAGGAAACCCUGCCACCAACAUCGCGUGAAGAAGAGCCAGAUCGAGGACAAUGGUCGGGAAAGUUCGAUUUUCUGAUGAGCAUGAUCGCCUACGCUGUUGGACUUGGCAAUGUCUGGCGUUUUCCAUACUUAUGCUUCAAGAAUGGAGGUGGAUCAUUCCUCGUUGUAUAUGCGAUAUUCUUCUGUCUAGCUGCCGUACCAAUUUUUAUCAUGGAAGUAACCAUUGGUCAGUACCUUCAACGAGGUGCUAUGGAAAUGUGGCGGAUGUGCCCAAUUUUCAAAGGAGUCGGCAUCGGAAAUGUGGUGAUAGCGUUUAUGUGCAUCGCAUAUUUCUGUGUAAUCGUUAGUUGGGCUAUAUUUUAUAUGAUUUCAUCGUUCAACAGUGUCUUACCAUGGGAAACGUGCGAUAAUCAUUGGAACGACCACACAUGCGUUACUGGAAAGGAGAGUCCGGCCGUGUUAGCAAAACUCGCACGAAAUCUUUCCAGUAUGGGUCUCAUGACCCAGACAUCUGUGGAGCAGUUUUGGGAAAAUCGCGUACUCCAACAGACGUCAUCCAUUGAAGAAUUUGGAAGCAUACAGUGGGAAUUGUUCCUCAUUAUGCUCCUUGCCUGGAUUAUCGUCUAUUUCGCUCUAUGGAAGGGGAUUACUCAGGCUAGAAAGUUUGUCUAUUUUUGUGCAAUGUUCCCGUACUUUCUUCUCGUCGUUUUACUCAUACGUGGAUUAACACUCGAAGGGGCUGGUAGAGGUAUAUACUACUACCUCAAACCCAAUAUGACUCGCCUACUGGACACCACAGUGUGGAAAGAUGCCGGAACCCAGGUAUUCUACUCAUAUGGUGUUGGUUUCGGUGCACUCAUUGCUCUCGGAUCUCACAACAAAUUCAACCAUAACUGCUUUAGAGACGGGUUUAUAAUGUGCGUCAUUAAUGGCUCUACCUCGAUUCUUGCCGGUUUCGCGGUGUUCUCUAUUCUCGGCUACAUGUCGGUUGUUGCACAGAAAGACAUAGCAGACAUUGUAAAACCAGGAGUCGGACUGGCUUUCCUCGCGUAUCCAGAAGUUGCCAGUAAUUUGCCAGCUAAGCAAUUAUGGUCAUGCCUCUUCUUCCUCAUGAUUACCAUUCUUGGUUUGGACAGUCAGGUAUGCAUGAUGGAAGGUUUGUUUACCGCUUUGGAGGACACAUUUCCGUUUAUACUUCGGAAACACAAGAAAGUAUCUCUAGCUGUGACCUGUUUGAUAUUUUUCAUCAUAGGAAUUCCUAUGGUGACCAAUGCCGGAGCUUACUGGUUGCAAUUACUUGACACAUACGGUGCAAGUGGUUAUGCCCUGCUGUUUGUCGUAUUUUUCGAGGUUGUCGGAUUGUCAUGGGGAUUCGGCGCUGAACGAAUUCGAGCUGCUCUCAAAGAAAUGGUAGGCAUCACAGUCAGCUAUCCAUGGGUUCUUAUCUGGAAAUACGCUGCUCCAGCUACUUGUGCGGUCCUGUUCUUCUUCUGUCUCAUCUACUAUCGUCCAAUUAAAUAUCCAACCGGAGAAGACUAUCCUAUAUGGGCGAAUGUCUUUGGCUUCUUUUUAUCGUCAUGUUCGAUGGUUGUUAUACCUGGCUAUGCUAUAUACUACAUGCUAUUCACCAAUAGGCAUUUGUCUAUGAAAGCGGUUGGUUUUCAAAACAUUAUCGAAACCGGUAAGCCGCCUGUUACAAACGUGGAGGAGAUGCGGUUUCUGAACGAUAAGAAUUAG